GAGAUGAUGAGCACGUGGCGAUAAUCCGCUUCAGUAACAAACGGGGAAUUUUAGUUUGGGGUCAUUAGCGAUCUUUGAGGAGAUGGCGGAGGCAUCAGGGUGGCUCAGACAGUGAAAGUAAAGAGCCUUUGAGAACUGGAUGUGGAGACGGAACCUUAGGAGGCAGGGUUGGAAAUCGCGGAGGAAGGAAGAGAGCAGGGUACCCGUGGGCCCCUGUGAUUAGAAUCUGGGAGCCGCCGCGGUGGUGUCACUGGCGCUGGGAGAGUGUGCACACAGAGUGUAUUCUCAGACUUCAUGAAAGCCAGCAGAGAAACAAAACGCCUUUUUGUGGGUGGCCUUGGCCAGACCAUUUCUGAGGCAGACCUACAAAAUCAGUUCAGCAGAUUUGGAGAAGUUUCUGAUGUGGAGAUCAUCACACGGAAAGAUGACCAAGGAAACCCACAGAAAGUAUUUGCAUAUGUCAACAUCCGAAUAGCAGAAGGUGACCUGAAAAAAUGUAUGUCUGUUUUAAAUAAAACAAAAUGGAAAGGUGGAACACUACAAAUUCAACUAGCAAAAGAAAGCUUUUUGCAUAGAUUGGCCCAGGAGAGAGAAGAAGCAAAAGCAAAGAAAGAAAAUUCAACAGGCAACACCAACUUGUUAGAAAAGAUGGGAUCCGUGGAUUUCCAUAUGAAAGCUGUGCCAGGGACAGAAGUACCAGGGCACAAAAAUUGGGUUGUCAGUAAAUUUGGAAGAGUCUUACCUGUUCUUCACCUUAAGAAUCAACACAAACGUAAAAUAAUAAAAUAUGACCCAUCAAAGUACUGCCACAACUUAAAGAAGAUCGGAGAGGAUUCCACAGAUACCAUUCCCAUAUCAAGCCUCACUUGGGAAUUGGAAGGAGGAAAUGACCCUAUGAGUAAGAAACGGCGAGGCGAAUUCUCUGACUUCUCUGGCCCUCCCAAGAAGAUAAUAAAAGUGCGGAAGGAUAAGGGUUCCACUGGAUCUGUGUCUGUGAAUCCACGGACCAAUAGAGUAGCGGAGAGUAACACAUCUCAAAAGACUUCUGGCUUAGAAACCUGCUGGAAAAGAAACAGCAUGUCUGAUGAUGAUAUUGAUUCUGAAGAUGAAUUAAGAGCAAUGAUUGCAGAAGAGGAGAAGUUACAGAGAACUCUGUGUUCCUCAAUAAAUGAAUCUGAAAAUGAUCCUUUUGAAGUUGUAAAGGAGGAUUUCAAAUCAGAUGUUCACAAACUUCAUUCUUUAACAGGCUUAGGUGUAAAAAAUACUACUUCUGGGCAUCUUAGUAAUGUGGAAAGUGACUGUGAGUAUGAUUCAGGAGAUACAGAUGAAAUCUUUGCAAUGAAAAAAACAGCCAGUAAGAUGAAAAAUAGUGCAGAAUUCUCACAAAAGGAAAAAUCUACACGCAGAAAAACUUUGAAAAAUAGAGAGAAUGGCAAGCUUUCUGAACAGUGUGUUAAAGUACAAAAAAGGAAAAGCAAUGUAGAGUCAGCCCUCAGUAAUGGACCAAAGCAUCGUAAUCCUACACCUCUAUCUGAGCCCAGCAGCAGCGAAGAUGCUGAUUCUGCCUCUGAGUCAGAAGGUGAUGAGGAGUAUAACACCAUGAUGAAAAACUGUCCCCGUUUGAGCCUCACGUUGGCUGAUCUGGAACAGAUGGCUGCCUGUGAUCUUGAAGUUACAAAAGAAGAUACUGAGAGUGAUAACCCAGAAUCCACCACCUGCAACAAGUUUGACAAAGCCUCCAAGAGCCCCAAAACCGUCCCUGGCCUCCGCAGAGGCAGGCAGUGCAUUAAUCCUGAGGAAAUUGUGGCUUCCCUUUUGGAAGAAGAGAGUGCCUAUGAUAAACGGACGCCAAAGGGAAACUUAAAGCCAAAAUUCCAGGCUUUUAAAGGAGUAGGCAGUCUCUAUGGAGAGGAAUCAGUGCAAAAGCUCUUGAAAGAAAGUCCUGCUGCUAACAAUAAAGAUCAGAAUUCCUUGAAACAAGAUUCCAAUAGCAUUUCCACAGAAAAUGGGUCCCCAUUUGCCAAUGGCUCCUCAAGCAAACACAUUCGAUCUCAAAAACAGCAACCUACUUUUGACAGUCAGAGUCUCAAGGUAGCAUCCCCUAGCAGUUCAGAAAAAGGAAGUAGAAACCCCAUUUCGGGUCUGUUGCCAUUAAAAGGUAAGACUUCUUUAAACCUUAAUGCAAAGACUCACAAGACAGACCAUGACAAAGACGGUUGCCAUAGUACCACAGAAGCAGAGGGAACAAGGUCUGAUCCAGGCACUUCUCUUGAGAAAUCAUCAAAACUGUCUUUGAGGAAACACAUUCAGGAAAGCAAAACUGAUUUUUCACAUUCUGUUAGUAAUUCGUCAGAUGCAGAUGCUAAGGACAAACAUGCUGAGGACAAUCAAAAGCGUUUGGCAGCAUUGGAGGCAAGGCAGAGAGCCAAAGAAAUGCAGAAGAAACUGGUGCACAAUGCACUGGCGAAUGUGGAUGGUCAUCCUGAGAACAAAUCAACACACAUCAUCUUUGGCUCUGACAGUGAAAGUGAAAAGGAAGAGACAUCUAGUCAGGCACAGAGCUGUCCAGAAGAGGAAGUGACAGAGCCCACGGGUAAAGCAUCUGGGAAGCUGUUUGACAGCAGUGACGACGAGGAAUCGGAUGCUGAAGAUGACAGUAACAGGUUCAAAAUUAAACCUCAGUUUGAGGGCAGAGCUGGACAGAAGCUCAUGGAUUUACAGUCUCAUUUUGGCACUGAUGACAGAUUCCGCAUGGACUCUCGGUUUCUAGAGAGUGACAGUGAAGAGGAACAGGAAGAGAUAAAUGAAGAAAAAACUGCUGAGGAAGAAGAAUUUGCUGCAGAAAAAAAGAAAGCCCUGAAUGUUGUACAAAGUGUUUUGCAAAUGAACUUAAGCGGUUCUUCAAGCAAGGGAACAGUAGCUGCUAAGAAAUUUAAGGACAUCAUACGUUAUGAUCCAACGAGACAUGACCAUGCGACUUAUGAAAGAAAAAAAGAUGAAAAACCAAAAGAAAGUAAAGCUAAAAGAAAGAAGAAAAGGGAAGAAGCUGAAAAGCUACCUGAAGUAUCUAAAGAAAUGUAUUAUAACAUUGCAAUGGAUUUGAAAGAAAUAUUCCAAACUACAAAAGGCACCAGUGAAAAGGAAGAAGACACACCCAGGAAUGAGGACUGUGGUGGAGAGAAAGCUCAGGAGAUCCACGACCCUGCAGCUCUCACUGAUGGGGCCAAGCAGCCUGCAGGGUUCACAUUCUCCUUUUUUGAUAUAGACACCACAGAUGUAAAGGAAGAGACCUAUAGAGUUGAAACAGUGAAACCUGGAAAGAUUGUCGGCAAGGGAGACCCUCGUUUCCAAGACAGCAGUUCAGAAGAAGAAGAAGAAGAAGUUACAGAAGAAACAGAUCAUGGGAAGCCCAGCCCUGAAGAAGCAUCAUUACCUGAGAAACAAACCACUAGAUUUUUCUUUUUCUCCAAGCACGAUGAAAGACUUCAUGUAGGUUCUGACUUAUUCUGGAGAGGAGUGGGAAGUAAUAUUAGCAGGAAUUCUUGGGAGGCCAGAACAAACCAUCUGCUUAUGGAUUGUCGGAAGAAACAUAAAGAAGCAAAAAGGAGAGUUAAACAAAAAUAAUGUCAGCAUUGCUUUUGAUACUGAAUGUAGACAAACUCACCUAAGGAAAUUGACCCAGAAAAUAAUUUUGGCUGACAGAGAAGAAAUUUAAGAGUGAAAAAAAUUCAGAACCUGGCUGGUAGAAUAUCAUUUGGAUUGCCAUCUUUUUCUAUGGAAUCCCUGUUUUUCUUCCUAAGUAAUUACUUCAAAAAAUUUAAUUUUGAAAAAAUGAAGUUCAAGAUAUAAGUCUUUAAAAAGUUUGUGGAAACUACAUGUUUGUAAUAAAACAUGGGUUUUAAAAUGUAUGUAGCAAAAUAAAUUUAUUUUUUAAUUUCAUUUUCCACAAACUUUUUGAAGUACCCACUUCCUUCUUGUAAAUAGCCUCUUGGCCCUCCAUCCUUGGUAACUAAUGGGCAUUUGAUACACCGUUUAUCUGAAGCUUUUAAAUAAAUGAGUCAAAGCA